AUGGGUUGCUGCUCUUCGGUACCUGCAAAUGACGAUGGAAAUACUGGGUUAAAUGCCACCAGUGGAACUGCUACUACCACUGCUGCUGCCAGCGACAACCACAGACAAAUACAAACACAAACACAGACACAACAACAGCAGCAGCAGCAGCAGCAGCCAUCUCCAAUUCAAAUGAAUAAGCCAGAAGUGACAAUUACAAGAGCAUCCUCAUCUCUACAUUCGCAAAGUAAUAUUGAAAAGUCCUCGCUGAAGGAAGUAGAUAAUAAUUCUUCAGUUACAUCGUCAAACGCUGCUGCUGCUGCUUCACCUACCACCACCACAACGACAACAUGGCCAAUAUAUGUCCGACUUUCGUAUAAUGGGCAAGAUAUCACUUUCCAAGUACCUACACAACCUCCUUAUUUAACAGUGUCUGGACUGCGACAAGAAUUAUUACCACACUUGGAAAAGAACGCUCGUGUCAAGCUCAUUUAUUUAGGUAGAAUAUUGCCUGAUCAGCACGUUAUUGUACCCACUCAAACAGACGCUGAUGCACCUCUGCCUCCACCAAAAAAUCGUGCCAUCCAAAUACAAAAGGAAGGUGUUAUCCAGGCAAUGGUUACGAAAUCAUGA